AUGACUUCGUGUCACACAAUCACAUCCCAUAUCACAUGUCUUACCACAAGACACACCACCAGUGCGUGUGUGGGACGCGCUGUCAUCGACGGUCACUAUCGGCGCGACUCUUUCGAUGACCGCAUUUACGACGACUUAUGCGAAGAGUUGUUGUCUUAUCUGCCGUUUGAGGACAAGAAUCGACUCCAAUGUGUGUCCAAACAGUUCCGGCGAUGUCUUCACCGACAACAACACGAGCUGACAGUCCGGCGCCAAACACUGGGCCACCGCUACCGGCGAUGUCUGUCGGCCAACACAUUUGAAUCGCUGGUCCGGAGGUUUCCGUACGUCCGGUGCGUUAGUCUCGACCUGAAUGACAGCCAAUGCGCGGAUCAGUUGAUUGAACUGAUUGUCCAAUACUGUCAUCACUUGGACUCAAUUCACGUCAACUUCUUUGACAAACAACAGAUUGAGACGCGAACUGAAUACAAACCACUCGUCAAAGAGGAGACACUCCACAGGUUUAUGGAUCGGUUCGGCCGACAGUUGCGGCGAAUUGUGGUCUUCGAGAACUUCGGCCAAAUACUGGCCAUUUGUCACAACUUAUAUGAACUCAAUCUCUCCAACAGUUACUACAGUUUCGUGUGUCUCAGGUCUGCGUUCGCCACCGAAGAGUCCAUGCAUUUGAUGCGAUCCGUACGCCGGCUGUCAUUCAAUUACAACUCUUCGUCCGAUUAUCCGCUGUUUCGGCUCUUUGUGGCCAACAAUAGGCUCACAAUGGAGUCGAUUGAGUGCAACGAAACCAUCGACAGCGAAGACAACGGCUCGCUAUUGAGACAAAUCUCGCAAUUAGUGAAUCUGCGAAAACUGAAACUCCAUUUACACUGCGAUCAGAUCCACGACUCGCUGAAGACGAUCGCCAAGAGUUGCCGCCAUUUGUCACAAUUGGAGAUGAGUUUCUACUCGUCGGACACAUANUUUUAUAUAAAAUCGAAAGAGAAAGCGAUGAAAUACUUAUUGAUCGGAAUCGCUUUCCUCGCCGUUGCCACUAUAGUGAGGGCUCAGAGCUCAUGUCAUCUGAGAGAGUUGGACUUAUGUCUGGCCUCAGGCCUGGCCUCCGGUCAAAACCUUCCCACCACAAUCGCUGAGAUUAAUAAACAGUGCAAUGGUUUCAAAGAGAUGAACGAAUGUAUCGGCAAUUAUUCGCGUCGGUGUUCAACGAAAGCGAUGCGAGACUUCAUGCGAAGUGUGACCUCUCAGGGAGACGUCAAGUCCUGGUAUUCAGAGUUCUGUACGAAAGACAGCUCAGCGGAGAGGGAAAAGUUUUUGAAACACUCGGUGUGUCUGAACACCGCUCAGAAAGAGGCCCGCAGUUGUACCAGAGAUCUCACCGUCGCUCUCGACAAAGCCAUCAACGCUGACAUCGAGAACAGAAUCCCCGAGAUGUGUUGCGCUGUCCGUCGUAUGAGAAAGUGUUCGUCCGAUAUAAUUGAGGCCAAGUGUGGAAAGGAGGGCAUGAAAUACAUGGGACAGAUGUUGCAAUCGGUGGCCGGAACCAGAAUACCAGAGAUCGCUUGCCGUGACUUCGACCCGACCAGUCAGAAGUGUGUGUCUAUAUUGCCCGCCCCGGGAACCAAAGCCGGCAAUACUAAGUCCAACUCUGUCCUCUCCCGUCUCCUCAACACCUAUUCAGCCCUUUAAAGACCCAAAACCGACGGGAAGUUAGAGUUUCAACACUUUUUGGUCCACAAAAAGUGUUUAAUUAAAUACAAUGCGCGCGAAAUCAUUAUAUAUACGCUAAUUAUUACGUAAACGCCAUUUCAUACAAACAACUAUUUUAUAUUAAGUUUAUUUACAAAAUAAAAUUUUGAAAAAAUGUUUUUUUCUUUGAA